AUGGUAAUCCGAUUUUGUUUUCACCGUACCGAAGAUGUUUGUACUCUAAAAACUACUUCAGCGGUAUCACUUGAUUUCUGCCCACCCCAUCCAGUAUUUGCAAAACAACCGGAAGAGGACUGCGAGACUGCCAGUGACCCCAAUAAUCUGAAGAAAUCUCCCAUUGAAAAAUGGUUUACGAGGGAAAUGUUCGAGCACAAUUUGUCAAAUCACCUUUAUAUGUCUCUUCAACUCUCCUAUUUUAAGGAUUAUGAAGCUUGGGAACAUCAAAGACGAGAUGUUGCUGCCUUCUUCGCCCACGUCCUUCAGGAAACAGGGGAAAAUGAUAUUUCGCUUUAUAAUUCAAGCUUAUCAGAAGAAGAGGCCGCCGAAUGUUUCUAUCGUGGAGGCUUCUAUAACUGGUUUGAGAGGGGGCCUAACAGUUCUUUUCUAAUUCCGGCCUUUCCUGGAUUCCAAACUGUAGACGGCAAAAGAUGCACCGAUGAGGGCAGGUAUUGUAAAAACGAUCCAAUCUUAAAUUUCUGGUAUCCCUGCAAUGGGACUAUAGAAAUGCAUUCUAAUGUUACAUACUACAAAGGUUGUUACUUUGGGAGAGGAGCACUGCAGCUUUCUUGGAACUACAACUAUGGUCUUUUCCAGCAGUUUUUGCUUUCAAAAGGAAUAAGCGUUGAUCUUAUCAACAAUCCGAAUUUGGUAAGGUUGAGAACGAAGAAGCUCAAAAUCUCUUACUCAUUUUUCUUACUAACUUAUCAGCCAAACUCGUGUUCAAAGCUUCAUAAUAAUGACGUUUAG